UUCUAUUUGCCUUGUAUGUUGGAAUGAUGGUCUCAAGACAUUACUUCAACAAUUGGGUACAAACUGUUGUCGAUCGAACAGAUGUGCAUGUGGGUGAAAUAUUCUUUCCAGCUGUCUCAGUGUGCCCUCUUAUCGGCAUUAACUGGACCAAAUUACCCGAAGUCAAAACAUAUUUUUUGGGCAGCAACUUUACGACAGCGGAGGAGAAAACAUUUCAAAAAAUGCUCGGGCGACUGAGUUAUUUACAACAAUUCAACGAUUUAGGUGCUGACGCUCGACGAAGUUCUUGGGAACCAUCGUCUCAAACUCAUGGUAUAUUAUUUGAUGUUGGAGUUGAAAAUGUCUGGAACGCUGAAGAUACGCAUUACACUUUGAAUGAAAUACAAAAGUUGCUCGCAUAUAAUUGUAGUUAUUUGUUCGAGAAAUGUUUUUGGCGGAACGUAGAGUUACCUUGUUGCGGUUUAUUUCAAAUAACAACUAUUUAUAACAGUUAUUGCUUUUCAUUCAAUAUGAUAGGGGAAAAGCAGUCAAAUGAAACAUCCCUGCGCACUUCCUUUGGUCCUGGACCAAAUAAUGGAUUGCGCGUUCUUGUGAAACGUAUUGAUUUGGAAAAGUUCAUGAUAGCUGUGCAUGAACCCAGCAUGGAACCGGAUUCACAAUCUUUGUUUCUGGAAGGCAAGCGAACUAUAAUCACUGUGAAUCCAGUACGUUUUAAAUCCGAUCCAGAGAUAGCCACUGUUGCACCAAUAUUACGGCGCUGCUACUUUACUGAUGAAAUGGAAAAAAUGGGUGUAACAGAAAGCGCUUGUAAACGUAUCUGCCGCUUGAACUAUUUGCUCGCAAAGUGCAAUUGUACUUUACCAUCAAAUAAUCAAAACAACGGAAGUCACACUGAUAACUCGAGUACAUUGAAAGAAACAAGUGAAUUUUGUGCAAUAAAAAAUAAAACCUGCCUAAGUGAUUUGGAAAACUAUGGUAGUGCGAAUGAGAGUAGUAGUAAUCAGUAUGAGGAGAUGCUCUAUGCUAGUGGCUUGAAUUGUUCUUGUUACCAUAAUUGUGAUUACAUAGAAUAUGCACCGACAGUUUAUUUAGAAAGUUUUGAGUAA